AUGGAACAACAUGCUGUUGAGUAUAAUAAUAAUAUUUGCAAUGAUAAUAGUGAAGUAUAUGCAGAUAUAUUAUCUGGGGAUGAAAAUAAUAUAACUGAAAGUGAUGAGUCAGACAUUAUUAUUAGUGGAAAAGUUUUACCUAUUGAAAGUAAUUCGGAGAAGAGCGAUUCCGAUGACGUAUUUAACAAUGUUACAUUUACACUAUGGUCCGAAAGUGAUAUUGAUAUGGACAUAAAUGAGUUUUUAGGUAAUGAUGGUAUUAAAGUUUUUCCGAAGGAUUCGGAAAUUAUAGGAGAUACUGAAGAUACCACAAUAGACGAAAUGAAGAUAUUUCUUGCUUUAAAUACUUUAAUGGGACAGGUGAAUAAAAGCAACUUGAACGAUUAUUGGCCUACGGGUUCACUUAUAGAGACACCAGUUUUCGGGAAAGUUAUGCCUCGAAAUAGAUUUAGGCAAAUUUUACAAUUAUUACAUUUUUGUAAUAAUGAUCAAACUCUUUCAUUGGAUGAGGCAAUUAUACCCCAUAGAGGUCGUUUGAGUUUCCGAGUGUACAACCCCGGCAAAAAAUCGAAGUACGGGAUGCUUGUCAGGUUGUUGUGUGAAUCUGAAAGUGCUUAUAUCACAAAUUUUAAAUUGUAUAACGGAAAUGGGCAGAAAUUACAAAACCUUGUAGAAGAUGUUUUAGAGAACUAUGCAAAUAUUUGGCACCAUGUUUAUAUGGACAAUUAUUAUAGCAGUGUGGAACUGGCGGCAAAUUUACUAGAGAAAAAAAUUAGGUCAGAAGCUUAUAUGCCGAAUUAA